AUGUGUAGGGAAUUACGUGACUACUGUCAGUUGAAAUGGCAAGAAAUGAUUGAUGCCACUUCGCUAAUUGCAGCGAGCAUAUACAAUGACAAUUCUGCUAAUUUAAAGAUUAUCAAAUAUCCAUUUUUAGGGAUUAAAGAAUGCUUUAGUACCACAAGAUACGGAUAUUUGAUGUUCACAAUUUUUCUAAACUAUCUGGUGGCAUUCGUAUCGGCAGGCCUAGUGUAUUUUUACCUGUUGUUCCCAUUAUCUGUGGUUCUCUAUUCCAUGUUUCUGGGACCAGCUGGGUUGAUAUUUGCCUUUUUGCAUGGUUUGGCAAUUUCCAAUAUUGUUGCUUGCCAUGAGACAAGAGUUAGCAGUCGUUACUUCAUGAACACGAUAUAUACACUGCGCUUUAAUGAGAAGGAAAUAGUGCCCAAAAUUCGAUAUAUUAGAGAUCCCUUCAAAAGAAUAAAUUAUGAAUCAAUUCCAUGGAUUACAUUUAUCAUCAUUUCUAUUUUGAAGUGGGCAUUUUUCCUCCUUAAAUUGGGGAUUUGGUAUGCAAUUUCCCUUAUACCAGUAUUUGGCAUCAUUUUAUUCAAGAUUCAAUCUAGUUCAUCUCGAGGGUUCUCAUAUUUCUUGCCCUAUUUCAAGUAUACAGGGAAGCUUGACGACAAGCGACUGAAAUAUAUUUAUUACAGUGCUUACGGCCAAUGGUCAUUAUUCGGUCUGACCACUGGUCUACUGGAAGCUAUACCAAUAGUAUCGGGACUGACUAUUUGUACUAAUACCUGUGGUUGUGCACUGUGGGAAAUUGAUCGUACCAAACGGAUGCCUUAA